AACCAGAACUAGAUUUGAACUAGAACUGAACCAAAACUGAACUAGAACGAAAACAGAACUAAACAAGUACUAAACUAGAACUGCUCUGGAAUUGAAUUAGAACUGAACUAGUGUUAAACUGAAUAAGAACGCAACUUGAACUUAGGCAGAACUGAAAUAGAACUAAACUAUAAAGGAACUACGACAGAAACGGUUUUCCCGGUGACCGCAUUAUUUAUCCACAAACAUAAAUUCUGUAUAAACCAUAAACCAUUUUCAAUGUUAUGGAAAGUGCUAUAUAUUCUAAUAUAAAACAAAUAUUAAAUACGUGUAUUUACCGGAGUUGGAAACUUUCAGUUUUUAUUAAAAUUAUUUCUAAAAAAAUAUUUUCGAUAAGUUUCCUUUUUAUAAAAAAAUUUCAUUUUUUGUGAUUUUUUGCACUAAAAUUUAAUAAUCGAAAAUCCGUUCAUUAUCUAUGAAUGUAUAUCGUACAAAUGUAAAUCUUAUCAUGGAAAUAGUUUAUGACUAUAACUCAGUCUUAGAAAUUUUACAAAAUUAAAGUUAGUCCAAUUACUUAUGGUUUUGUUAUUAUAUUUCCAUGUUUCCAAGCCUGGUUAAUAUUCACAUUUUAUACAGUUUCAUAUUAAAUUAAUUAUUGUUUAUAAAAGCAGUAUAUAAAAUACUUUCAUGAAGAAAAGUUAUGAACUAUGUAUUAAUAAUAUAAUACAAAUAAAUAUAAAUUUAAUUUAUAAAACAAAAAAGGUAAAAUAAAUUGGAAUUUAAAAUAAUGGAUCAAACCGAUUUGUCACUGUUCAGAAGAAAACCCGAUAAGAAUGAAAAAACUGACAAUAUUCGUAACGAAUGGGAUAUCAACUGUACCGACUUAAAACAAUAUGAGAAACAAAGAAUAAUUUCGCGACCCACUAAUGAAGAUGAAUAUCGCAGUGAUAAUCCAAAUGCGGGUAUAGCGCUUAUUUUCAAUCAUAAAUAUAUAACGGGUGAACGGCAAAGAGACGGGACUGAAAAAGAUCGUGAUGCUAUGAAGGAAACGCUUCUUAAUUACGGUUUCGAUGUUAGAGUUUUUAAUGAUUUGACAUGGAGGGAAUUGGGUGAUGUUCUGACAAAAACUGCUCAAGAAGAUCAUAGCAAUAAUGAUUGUCUCGUAGUAACUGUUAUGUCUCAUGGCUGUGAAGGAAGAAUAUAUGCUCGCGAUAUUUCAUAUCCUGUGGAACGUUUGUGGAAUUCAUUUCUGGGAGAAAAAUGUAGAUCUUUGAUAAAUAAACCGAAAUUGUUUUUCUUACAGGCCUGUCGUGGUCAAAAUCUAGACAAAUAUGUAAUUUAUUCAAGAGUAGAACAGUCAUUCGUAAGUCCAACAGUCAAGACUGCAGACGUACCACACAAAUUUGCUUAUGUUAUACCAAAUACUGCCGAUAUAUUAAUAAUGUUUUCAACAUUUGAAAAAUAUAGCUCUUUUCGUAACAUUGAAAAUGGUUCAUGGUUUAUACAGAGUUUGUGUUCGGUCCUAAAUGAAGCCGCCACUAAUGAAGCCGCUGCCGGAAAGGGUGCUGAAUUACUACGCCUGCUAACGGCUGUUAAUCGUAAAGUAGCCUACGAGUAUCAAUCGUUUAGUGAAUAUGAAGCACUCGAUCAAAAGAAAGAAAUGCCUAAUUUUUUAUCGACUCUAACGAAGACAUUUUAUUUGAGAGUUAAAAAUGCACAAAUCAAUAAAUUAUAAAUUUUUAUUAAAGAAAAUUA